AUGACGGGGUUUCUGGGACGGAGUUAUUACUGCUUCAAGUGCGAUGUCGGGUACUGUCACAAAACGAGACACAAGUGUCAUCCCAUCUGUCGAUGUUGUUAUUUYGACAAAGAUCAAUGCGUGCCGGACGAGGAAGAGGUCAAGACGUGGACCACGUGCGAUCGGUGCCAUCGCGUUUUCAAAGGCGAACGAUGUUAUGCCAAUCACCUUCAAGCACUUCCUCACCGUGACAAGAAACACACGCUGGUCUACAGCACGUGCGAGCGGUAUCAAAAGUGUCCCAGUUGUGCCAAAGUGAUCGAUGUUCUAAAUAAGAAAAAGAACGCCUUCCGUCAGCCAGAUCAACGUAACCUCGACGACCACGUGUGCGGUGAAGUGUACUGUCCCUACUGUAAGAAGACGGGACCCAAGCACUGGUGUUACGUUCAACCUGUCACGGAUCAAAAGUGCGGAGAAUGCGGAGAAUGGAAAGAGUUGGAGUACUACUGCGAGAAAGACGUGGAGCUGUUGAAACGAGGUGUGUUGGAAGCGCGUCGUAUCUUCCUGGAGACGGCCGGAUUUGAUCCGUUUCACGAGUGCAUCACGCUAGCUUCGUCCUGCAUGCGAGCGUACCGGAGAAAUUUCAUGCCCAAAGACUCGAUUGGAAUCGUGCCUCGCGAAGGAUACCGGGGUCUUGUCCAACAAUCGCGUAAAGCCAAACGAUGGUUGUAUUGGUUGCAAGUCCGGGAUCGCGACCUCCGUCUCCAGUCGUGCUUGUCUCCCCAAGGCGAAAAAGUGGUGAUGGGAGCCCCCGUCGACGGAUACGAUGCCCCCACUCAAACCGUGUACCAAUUCCAUGGAUGUUACUUUCACGGAUGCCCCGUGUGUUUUCCUGGACAUUUGGCCUUUCCCGAAUCGAAUGGGGAUCGCGGCGAGUUCAGUCAGAAGUUCUAUCACACCCAGCGUCGCACGACGGUGUUGCGUUCCGCCGGUUACCGCGUGGUGGAGAUGUGGGAACACACGUGGGACGCGCUCGAUCCUCCACCCACCAUUCCCGAUUGGGUGUCGUACUCGGACCCGUUGGAACCUCGUGACGGAUUGUUUGGAGGUCGUACCAAUGCUCUCCAAUUGUACUACGAAGCCCAAGACGACGAGACCAUCCAUUACGUGGAUUUUACGUCGCUGUACCCGUCGGUGAUGCGUCAGGGUGGAGCCUAUCCCGUGGGUCACCCCGAGAUCGUCCUCCGGUCCGUAGACUUUUCUCUUCUCAACGUGGAAGAUUACUACGGAUUGAACAAAGUCAAAGUGCUACCACCUCGAGAUCUGUACCUYCCCGUGCUUCCCAUUCACUUGAACGGCAAGCUGAUGUUUGUGUUGUGCCGAACGUGUGCCGAAAAGCUGAAUCAGACGUCCAAGUGUCGUCACAAUUCCAAAGAGCGUGCCCUGGUCGGUGUGUGGACCACUCCCGAAUUGAAGAAAGCUCUCCAGCUCGGCUACAAGAUUCUCGACGUCUACGAGAUCUGGCAUUACCCCCAAACGUCGACGACCCUGUUUGGAAAGUACGUGCAGACGUAUUUGCAAUUGAAACAAGAAGCGUCCGGRUGGCCGUCCUGGUGCAAGACUCCCGAAGAUCGUCAAUGCUAUCUGGACGACUACGAAGCCCACGAGGGAAUUCGUCUUCGCGAAGAUCACAUUCGAGUCAAUCCCGGAUUGCGAGCUCUUGCCAAACUGUUCUUGAACAGUCUGUGGGGAAAAUUUGGUCAGAAUCCGUUUCUCCCCUCUACCGAGUACGUGGACUCUCCGAAGCGAUUUGCCGAAUUGAUGUUUGGAGGUCAAGUGGACGUCAAACAUCUUCUGUUGAUCACCGACAAUUUGGUGCAACUGCAGUACGACAAGAAAGACGAGUUCAUUCGGUCCAGCCCGUUUGCCAGCGUGGUGCAUGCUGAUUUCGUCACUUCGUUUGCCCGGUUGCGGUUGUACGACAUGUUGGAGCGAGUGCAAGAACGUGCCUUGUACUUUGACACCGAUUCUCUGAUCUACGUCACUCGUUCAGGAGACACACCACUGCCUUUGGGGGAUUACUUGGGAGACUUGACGUCGGAAUUAUCACCUGGGGAUUCUAUCCAGACGUUCGUGUCAACGGGGCCCAAGAGUUACGGUUACCGCACUCGUCAAGGUCACACCGACAUCAAGUGCAAGGGAAUUCCCUUGAAUCUGACRUCGUCUGAAAAGGUCAAUUUCGAAUCCAUGGUGUCCUUGGUGCAUGGUGUGGAAACGGAGAUUUGCGUCACCUUACCCCACCACAUUCGUCGAGAUCCGCUCCGACGUCAACUGAAAACGGUCGAGUUGGAAAAAGUCUUCCAAGUCGUGUACGACAAACGCAUUCGUCGCGGAAUGAAGACGGUGCCUUACGGGUAUAUAGAGGAUCCUCCACGACCUCAGUCUCACAAAAAUGCCUCCUACGGGGCGCAUCUCUGA